CCACGAAAACUGAUAUCACAAAACAAGAAAGCAUUUUGGUCAAUGAAAACAAUCUGCCACAAUGAUAAUAAGAUUCUAUAUAAAGAUCAAAAGACUUAUCAGAGUACAUCGAAAGCUUUGUCUGAGGAUUAUUUGCACUGCAACACCAACUAAUUAAUCUCGUUUCUAUCCGAGGCAAGGCAAACAAGACCAAGACAUGGAGCGCUCAACCAAAGCUCAUCUCGUGUGCAUGGCAGCCCCUGCUCAAGGCCACAUCAACUCCAUGCUCAACCUCGCCAAAGUCCUCCACUCCAAGGGCUUCUUCAUCACCUUUGUCAACACCGAGUUCGUCCACCGUCGCUUCCUCAAGAAUCCCGAAUCACUCUCCUCCCUCGACGGCCUCCCUGACUUCCGCUUCGCCAGCAUCCCCGACGGGAUCUCGCCCUUCAACGACGGCGACGAACACAGACAAGACAUUCCUAAUUACAGUCUAGCAAUCAAAAACAACUGCCCUGCUUCAUUUCUCAAGCUUUUAUCUGCAAUGAACGAUCCGAACUCUGGUGUGCCAGUGCCGCCCGUUAAUUGCGUGAUCUCGGACUGCUUCGCCAGCUUUACCCUUAAUGCCACCGCCAAAUUGGGGAUCCCUAAUGUAUUUUACUGCCCAUCUAGCGUGUGUGGCUUCUUGGACUUCUACUACUGCAAGGAGUUGAUGGAGAGGGGAAUCAUCCCAUUGAAAAGCGAAGAUGAUCUUACAAAUGGUUACCUGGAUACCAUCAUUGAUCAGAGACCAGGCAUGAUAGAAGUCCGAAUGAGAGACUUGACAAGUUUCGUACGAACCACCGACCGAGAGGACAUAUUGCUCAACCUUAUCAUUGAUGAGACUCAUGCUUCUCACCAAGCCACGGCAAUCAUCUUCAACUCGUUCUCUGAAUUAGAAUCACCACUGCUUAACGCAUGCUCAUCGAUGCUACCUCCGGUGUUCGACAUCGGCCCCAUGUGCCUGCUUUCUCAGUACAUUCCCAAUGAUUCAUCAAUCGCAUCGUUCGGUAGAUUAAACCUGUGGAAAGAGGACUUUGGUUGCGUGGAAUGGUUAGACGAGAAGGAACCGGGUUCUGUGUUGUAUGUCAACUUUGGUAGUAUGGCAAACUUGACGAGUGAACAGCUGUUGGAGUUCGCAUGGGGUCUGGCCGACAGUGGGUGCGCGUUCCUUUGGGCUAUUAGACCUGACCUUGUUGUGGGCGGCACAGUGUUGUUGCCACAAGAGUUCUCGGAGAUGACCAAAGGAAGGAGCUUCAUCACAAGCUGGUGCCCGCAACAGAGAGUGUUGUCUCAUGCCGCGGUCGGAGGUUUUUUGACCCACUGCGGAUGGAAUUCGACAACGGAGAGCAUUUCCGCAGGGGUUCCCAUGAUCUGUUGGCCAUUCUCUGGGGAUCAGCAAAUAAAUUGCAGGUACAUAUGCUCGGUUUGGGGCAUUGGGAUGGAGAUUAAUGAAGAUGUAAAGAGGGAAGAGGUGGCGAGAUUAAUCGAGAAGCUGAUGAGAGGGCAGGAGGGGAAGGAGAUGAAGAAGAAAGCAAUGGAAUGGCAAGAGAAAGCAUUUAAGGCAGCCAAAACUGGCGGUGGAUCUUGGAUAAAUUUAGAGAGACUCAUCAAGGAGAUAAUUACAAAAGAGUGAAAGCAUAUUAGAAGAACAAGGUAUGAAUAUAAGAACUAUUACGUUAACGGAAUUGUAAUUUCUCAUAAUUUUCAUGUCUUGUAUCAGUGUAAUCCGAAUUUCUAUAUUGAAUAAAUAUACGUGUCGUUGAAUUAC